CACAUGGCAGCAGCAGCAUGCCUUCCGCCACCCUGGCCUGAGCAGCUUAAUUUCUUAUAAUCGCUAUAUAUACAGCUAGCUCGACUAGCUCAGCUGGACGCACACUUCACCAAUCACCACCGACACACGGAGAGUUUGGAGACCCAAGCAUAACAGAGGAAAAGAUAAUUGAUCUGGUAGCAAUUUGUCAGCUGCCUAUCACUCGAUCAAGAUCAUCUCUGGAUUGAUUGAGAUCAUGGAGGCAUGCAACCUUGAUACCACCAUGGAAGCUCAGCAUGAGCACGGGCAGGCUGGGAACCUGAGCUCCAACCCAAGUACGUUGCUGACGUACCUGACCUUCCUUGAGCAGAAGAUUGCGCACCUCCGCGGCAUCAUCUGCUCGGCGCCGCGGCAGAUCGUGUCGGCCGAGCUCAGCUGCAUCGCCGUGCAGCUCGUCUCCCUCUCCAAGAGCCUCGCCGCGAGCGGCGCCGUCGCGGCAGAGGAGGACGCCAGGUCGCCGCCGUGCGCGGCGACUGCGCACGAAGGGGACAGCGACUCGUCCGACCACGACCACCACACCGAGGACGACGAGCGCGUGCCCCUGGACUCCUACGAGGUGAUCCAGCUCGACAAGGAGGAGAUCCUCGCGCCGCACGUGCACUCCUGCAAGGUGUGCGGUAAGGGCUUCAAGCGCGACGCCAACCUGCGCAUGCACAUGCGCGGCCACGGCGAGGAGUACAAGACGGCGGCCGCGCUCGCCAAGCCGUGCAAGGACGUGCCGUCGGCGUCGUCGCCGACGCCGGACGCGAGGACGACCCGGUGCUUCUACUCGUGCCCCUACGUGGGGUGCAAGCGGAACAGGGAGCACAAGAGCUUCCAGCCGCUCAAGACGGCCGUCUGCGUCAAGAACCACUACCGGCGGAGCCACUGCGACAAGAGCUACACCUGCCGGCGGUGCAACGUCAAGCGCUUCUCCGUGCUCGCUGACCUGCGCACGCACGAGAAGCACUGCGGCCGCGACCGCUGGGUCUGCUCCUGCGGCACGUCCUUCUCCAGGAAGGACAAGCUCUUCGGCCACGUCGCCGCCUUCGACGACCAUGCGCCGGCCCUGCCACCCGAAGAAGACGACGCGACCGAUCGCCGUGGCGCCGCCGAUGGCAAUGGCUCUGAUCAGAUGCUGAUGGACAGUGAGGCAGUAAGCAGGAUGGCGAGCAUGGAGUGCUUCUCCGACGGCAUGUUUGAUGGUUUCAGCUGUUCUGACAUAAAAGGCUUUCCUCUCACCGAUGGACGAUGUUUGGACGAUGGCCGACGGUUCCUCUCACCGAUGGGACUUGAUUCCUGUGACUUUGAUGGAUUUGAUCUCUUUGGGGCACCAGGAAUUGAUUUAUGAACUCUAAACCUGAUGGGAGUUAUUCCUUAGAAAACAACUGAUGAAUAAUUUCAGAAUUUACCUUACUCCAUUGGCACUAGCCUGCAUAUUCUGCAUUUUACCUUCAUGUUUGGAAAAAGGCAGGCUAAUGGUGGAUUCACCCAGCACACUGGACGAACUACAUAAUAAGACAAUUGAACAACUUUCAUGACCAUAGCAACCCCGAACACAAAGCAAGAACAAAUGAUUGAAGUAUCACAGACCAUUCAGGCAUUGCCCAUAUUUAUUGCAACCAUUCUACAGACAAUAUGAUUUGGAUCUUGAAGAUGUAUACAAGAAUUAACAGGUGUCUAUCCAUCAACUACGAGUGUGUUGUAUUUAAUAAGCGCUAGUUUACAGAAAAAUAGCCAGUAAAAUGUCAUCUGUAUUUCAGCACAGCCAGCAGAAUACCGUCUGAAGCUUCUGAAAAGUGAUGUAAGUCAUGUACAACACAACAUUAGAACCUAACCCAACAGCGGGUGCACUGGGCCAUGCAGUCCCCUCUGCAAUCGAUAUUGUAGCCCAAAACUUUUGGAUUCCUCAGAAGAAGACUCCGCAGAGUUUUCCCAUUUAUUCCCCAGUCACUGUCCAGCUUGCUCACAUUCAGCUUCACCUCGCUGUCAAGAUUGCAUCCAAGAACUUCUGGAAAUUUCUUCAGCAAUUUGUGAAGGUCGUCGUCAGAUAGCCCGAGACUCCUAAUAUAGUUCAAUACUCCACUUAUCACCUCAGCAUUU